AACAUGGAAGAAGAUGAGGUCUUUGGAGAAAAAACAUUCCAGCAUUAUUGUGCAGAAUUCAUUAAACAUUCGCAGCAGAUAGGUGAUGGUUGGGAAUGGAGAAUGUCAAAGGACUGUUCUGAUGGCUACAUGUGCAAAACACACUUUAAAAUUAAAAAUGCGACAGUGGUGUCACAUCCAGGAACAUCUGGCCACGGACAAACAUGUCUUCCCUUGGAGGAGGCUUUAGAGCUACCCUCAGAUGAUUUCGAAGUGACUGAGACUGCAGCGGCGUCCGAAGUGAUUAAAUAUGAGUAUCAUGUCUUAUAUUCCUGCAGCUACCAAGUGCCUGUACUUUACUUUAGGGCAAGCUUUUUAGAUGGGAGACCUCUAACUCUGAUGGACAUAUGGGAAGGAGUCCAUGAGUGCUAUAAGACGCGGCUGCUACAGGGACCAUGGGACACUAUCACCCAGCAGGAACAUCCAAUACUUGGGCAGCCCUUUUUUGUGCUUCAUCCCUGCAAGACGAAUGAAUUCAUGACUCCUAUAUUAAAGAAUUCUCAGAAAAUCAAUAGGAACGUCAACUACAUCACAUCGUGGCUGAGCAUUGUAGGGCCAGUUGUUGGGCUGAAUCUACCUCUGAGUUAUGCCAAGGCCACCUCUCAGGAUGAAUGAAAUGUUGAUUGACAAAGAUUCUUCUGUUGAGCUUAGAAAUUGCAACGUGAAAAAUGUCAGAAGUUUACCUGGCCAGCCCUGGUUUUAAUAAGACCAAUACUAUGCAUUAUUUCAUCUCACCAGGAUUUGACUUGGAUUAUUCUUCCCUUGGAAGCAAAUGUCUGCAGCAACUGUUAUUUGAUGUACUGAAUGUUUAGAAAAAACACUUCUAAGAUACAACUUACUAUAAAUAGCAAAAAAUGAAUCUAAUUCUGUAAUACUAGAAAUACUGACAUGAU